UGUAUUUUAUGGUGGUGAUGGCUCAACCAAGUUAUGCACCUGUAUUCGUUCCAGUUUCUGUGAUAGGGCCUCAGUUCAUUUUACCAUAUCAACUUGAAAUUAUAGUUGAUACAUAUUCAAGUGGAAACCUUGUGAUCACAGAUACUAACCACAAAAUCAUGCUCAAAGUGAAACCAUACAGCACAAGCUUCCAUCGUCAGCUUUUGCUACUCGAUGCUGUUGACAGACCCAUCGUUAUGCUCCGGGAGAAGAACAUGAGUGGACAUGAUGGAUGGAAUGUAUUUAGGGGUGACAGUAAAGCCGAUUCGGAUAUGAUAUUUAGCACAAAAACACCACACAUGAUCCAGUUUAAAACCAAGGUAAAUGUGUUCAUGGCAAACAAAAUGAGUAGUAAGAAUGGUUGUGAUUUCAACAUCAAAGGAAGUUGGUCAAAGAGAGAAUGCACUGUUUAUAUGGGAGAUUCUUCAACAACAAUAGCCCAAAUGCAUGAAAUGCAACCAAUGGACAAUGUGAAGUUCUCUGAGGACAAAUUUAUGGUGACAAUAUAUCCGAACGUGGAUUAUGCAUUUGUGGUAACACUUAUUGCGAUUGUUUAUGCUAUGAAAAGCUCGGAUACAAAAGAUGUAGUUGCUGGACAAGUAGUUGGCGGAGUUGCUCAAGAUGUGGUUAGUGCAGUUAUUUCCUAGUCGUACGUAUUAGUUCGAUUCUCCAUUCGUUA